AUGAAUGCACGUUCAUUUUUCACCCUUCUUGUUUUUACCCUUUUUUGUUUCAUUAUUUCUCUUUCUCGUCCCCUAAACAAUGGUUUCACCGUUGAACUCAUCCACCGUGAUUCUCCAAAAUCUCCACUCUACCAACCUACCCAAAACAAAUACCAACUUGUUACCAAUGCCAUGCGUCGUUCCAUCGACCGUGUCAAUCAUAUUUACAACUAUUCUAUCGUUAAUAUAGGUUAUACAACUGUAACCUCCGGUGAUGGUGAGUAUCUAAUUAGUUAUUCAAUUGGUACCCCACCAUUUAAGGUAUAUGGUUUUGUUGAUACCGGUAGUGACCUUGUUUGGCUUCAAUGUGAACCUUGUGUUCAGUGUUACCCCCAAACCUCUCCUAUAUUUGAUCCUUCAUUAUCAUCAAGUUACAAAAACAUUCCUUGCUACGAUGACACAUGUCUGUCUACGACAGGUACCUCUUGUGAUGUACUAGGAUAUCUUAGUGUGGAUACUCUGACAUUAGAUUCCACCAACGGCAACUCUGUUUCAUUUCCUAAUACUGUCGUGGGAUGUGGAUACAUAAAUAAUGGGACGCUUCAUGGUCCAAGUAGCUCUGGUAUAGUUGGUCUUGGAAAUGGAGAAAAUUCCUUUGCAACACGAUGGAGUUCAUCAAUUGGUGGAAAAUUCUCUUAUUGCUUGGUUUCAUCGUUGUCUAAGUCAACCAGCAAACUCAAUUUUGGUGAUGCAGCGGUGGUUUCUGGAGAUGGAGCUAUGACAACUCCUAUAGUGAAAAAGAAUGGACAAAGUUUUUACUACUUGACAUUGGAAGCAUUUAGUGUCAAUGACAAAUUAAUAGAAUUUAGCGAACCUACAAAUGAUGGUAACAUCAUAAUUGAUUCUGGUACAACACAUACGUUUUUGCCAUACGAUCUUUAUAAUAGAUUGGAAUCGGCUGUUGCCGAAAAUAUUAAUAAAGAGCGUGUUAAGGAUCCAAAUGGUAUAUUUAAUCUUUGCUAUGAUAUCACAUUUGAAGGAUUUGAUGAUCCUCUAAUCAUUGCACAUUUUAAAGGUGCAGAUAUUAGAUUGCAUUCUAAUAGUACCUUUGUUGCAAUCGGUGAAGGAAUUAUUUGCUUGGCUUUUUCACCAUAUAAAAUGGCGAUCCUUGGAAACAUGGUUCAACAGAACAUGUUGGUUGGUUAUAAUCUUGUUCAAAAUACUGUUACAUUUAUGCCUACUGAUUGUACCAAGUAG